AACUUGGUCAGACACAGACAGUUCUAAACGGGAGUCCGUGCAGUAAAUACUCGUAUAAAACAUGUUAUGUAAAUAACAACGAUCGAAUUUAAACUCUAUGUGAUUUUAACUUUAAUAUAAAAUUCGUUCUUAAAAGUUUAGUCAAUUGAGUAUAUUUUCCCUUGAACAAUGCGAUUGUUUAUGUCAAGUUUGUUUCUUUGUCUCGUCUUUUAUUCGGAACAGAAAUCGACGCCGCAAGAUGACAGCUAUGUAGCAGCCGUGGUGGAGUAUCAGGUCAACACAAAUGUCUCCAUCAACACACAGAACUAUGUUGAUUUGAUAAAAGAGGCCGCCGAAAAGAAUGCAGAUAUAAUAGUUUUUCCAGAGAUGACCCUCACUAGAGGGCAGCGUCGUAUUCCGAUUCCUUUUCACGGUAUCCUCAAGACCACUCCCAUACCAGCUUUAAACCCCGAGUUAUAUGAUGAAAUUCUAGUAUCAAUAUCUGUAGCAGCUCGUGUACACCAAAUCUACGUGGUGAUCAACGUACAAGAAGUGAUGGAUUGUAACGACGCACCCGGGGAAUACUGUCCCGAACAGAAAGAGUACCUGUUUAACACUAACGUUGUGUUUGAUAGAAAUGGUGCUGUUAUUGAUCGUUACCGUAAAAUAAACUUAUUCGGCGAGUUCACUCGUACACCAGCUUUGAAGCCGGAACUGGGCGUCUUCACUACCGACUUCGGGGUGACUUUCGGCCAUUAUAUUUGCUUCGACCUUAUGUUCCAAGUGCCAGCUGUUCAGGUCGUCCAGAAACAUAAUAUUACUGACGUGAUAUUUACUACCAUGUGGUUCUCUGAGAUGCCUUAUUUAACUGCUGUGGAAAUCCAGGAGGCAUACACGUACGCAAUGAACGUUAACUUCUUAGCUGCGGGCGCAAACAACGUCAGAGUGGGAAGUGCUGGCUCAGGUAUUUACUCAGGCAAAGCUGGUUCUCUUAUCAGUGUAAUGCCCGGCGUGCCUACAACUAGACUUCUAGUAGCUAAAGUGCCUAAAGUGCCGGGAGAGGUCAAAGAAGACUAUCCAGGUCCUAUAAGAGACGACCCUAAGGCCCUGGACAGCUUGGUGUUGAUCAGUGACCCCUCGUUGCCGUCACACAUGAGUCGCCCCCUAGUGAGCGGCAGCCAGGAGUUUACACUCACCACCAAUGAGAUCUCCUGCAAGUUCUCCGUCAAACUGCAACUUAAAGAUGGUGAACAGGGUCCACAUUAUAUGGCACUAGCAAAGGAUGGUAUUAACACGUAUUCUAGGAAGGAUCUCGGCGUAGCAACUUGCGCCGUGGUCGCCUGUAAGAACGACACAAUAAAAAGUUGCCCUUAUAGAUUCGAGAAGACAGAAGACAAUGUGGUGAUAGAAGAUUUAGUGAUAGAGAUGACGUCAUACUCACAUCAUUACAAUGCGUCCCUGCAAUGUGACGACAUCAUAUACUAUCCAAUAUCUUUCACGAACGACAAAUUCCCCGUCAGACCAAAGAAUGUUACAUUUCUAGAAACUUCUAAGAUUAAUUCGAACGAAGUUUUAUCAUCAUGCGAGAAUAAUUUAAACAUAGAUUUUAAUGGACAUAAAGAACAUAUAGUUUACAAAAUAAAUGCACCACAAAACAAUAUAGUAUCUUUUGGUGUUUGGGGUCGCGUUUACAACAGAGAUUUUGAUCAUAACAAGAAACCAACGGCAGAUGAUUUGAAAAAUUACUUGGAAAUUGAAGAUUGGAUUUAUAAAAUGGAAAAGAAAAAUAAUAAAAUCUAACCAGACUGGAAGAUUAGACUAAAGUUUAUAAAAUAAGAAUCUUUUUUUUUUAUCCGAGAUUUUUUUUUCUAAAAAUUUAUUGUAAUUGAUACAAUUUAAAAGUUAUUCGAAAUAUAAAUAUCGUUCAAAUAA